CGACGACGGGAGCAGACCAAGUCUUUAGCAGCUUUCGUCCUUCUUACCACCAACAUCCCAUUCACAAUGACAAUUCCGGGCAUCUCUGAAACCGCGGCAGCCCACACGGCCAGCCUCAAGCCUCCUCACUUUGUGCUCGAGGACAUCGUCCGCCCCAACAUCCUCUCUCUUCAGCCGUAUCGCUGCGCCCGCGACGACUAUCAAGAGGGAAUCCUUCUCGAUGCGAAUGAGAAUUCGCUUGGUCACGCCCUUCCUUCAGGCUCGAGCGCCUUGCCACUGAAUGGUCACGAGAACAUCAAAGGCGGCAACGAUGCAGCCGCAGCCCAGGACGCUGUGGCGGGCCCUUCUGACCCGCUCGACCUGCACCGUUACCCCGAUCCUUCGCUCUUCGGCAUCAAGUCUACUUUGGCUAAGCACCGCAACUUGCCUGGAGACGAGCACGUCUUCCUUGGCGUAGGGAGUGAUGAAGUCAUCGAUUUGAUCCAGCGGGUCGUCUGCACGCCUGGCAAGGACGCAAUUGCCGUCUGCCCGCCGACGUACGGCAUGUAUUCGGUUUGCGCUGCCGUCAACGACGUCGGCGUGGUCAAGGUGCCGCUGCGAGUCGAUGACGGAGACUUUUCGCUAGAUGUCGACGCUCUCCUCUCUACGCUCCGCAGCACGCCCAACAUCAAGAUCAUCUAUCUCUGCUCACCGGGCAAUCCGACAGGAACCCUCCUUGACCUCCGAGAUGUCCGCCGAAUCCUCGACGAGCCAACCUACAAGGGCCUCGUAGUCGUAGACGAGGCGUACAUUGAUUUUGCAGAGGAGGAGAUCCGCUUGGGCCGCCGCGAUAAGGCUCAGCAGGUCUCUGCUGUUCCCCUCCUCGCCGAGUACAAGAACCUCGUCGUUUCGCAGACGCUCAGCAAGGCGUACGGGCUCGCGGGGAUUAGGAUGGGCAUCGCGUACAGUAGCCCGGCCUUAAUCCAGAUUAUGAACAACGCCAAAGCCCCCUACAAUGUACCGCAGCCUACAGCCCACCUCGCAAGCCUCGCCCUCUCUCCUGCCGGAGUAGACCGAGCCCGUCUCCACAUCAAGCAGCUCCUCGACAACCGGGACGAGCUCCUCGCUGCCCUCUUGCCCAUUCCAGGUGUGGGCGACGUAAUGGGUGGUAAUGACGCCAACUUCCUCCUUGUGCAGAUCUUGGAUGCUCCCAAGACGCAGGGUGGCAAGCCGGACUCGGCGAGGGCAGGCAGGGUGUACAAGAGGAUGGCGGAAGAGCGCGGGCUGGUGGUGAGGAACAGGAGCAGUGAUUUGGGGUGUGCAGGGUGCUUGAGGAUCACAGUGGGGACGCAGAUUGAGAACAGGAGGUGUGUCGAGCUGAUUGGGGAGAUGCUGCGGGCAGAGGGCAUUGGCGCAUAGUAACCGAGUGAGCGGCACAGCUGUGGAUCAUCAUAGAGGAGCGUAAUGUGCAAUGAGUCAUUCGAUGCUAUCGCGAUGCGACUGGCAGACCCGCUGAGUGAUGAAGGGAAUCAUAUGGGUGUGAUUGAAAGAAAGAAUCUAUCACGUUCGUCGUGUGUGACGUUUUGGUGAUGGUGAUGAUGAUGGUGGUGGUACAGAGACAGGAUGCAGCAAAAGAGGGUGUAAGAGGUCUUACCGAAAGCGAAUCGAAAGCGAAAGAGUUGGUGAGGCGUCGAAUAGUAAAAGCGGGACUAAGAAGAUGGUAACAUGUUGGAUGGGGUCAAGUCGAUGACAAGGAUAUCGAACGUAUUCUUCACGCCCACCACCAGAUCGCAUCGGAGCCGUCGAUCUUG